AUGAAGAAGGGCGGCCACAAGGCGGCCGUGGCGGCCAUGGAUAACAUCACUUCGAUCUCCGAGUUCGAGUCGGAAUUCCACCACGCCUUUAUCAAGAGUCGCCUCGACCACAACGACUACGUGUACAAGACGGCGCUUCUACGGGACUUGGACGAGUUCUGCGACGUCGACAGCAUGCACGUGCCCAAAGGGCCGCUGAUUGUGUUUGGCGAACCAGGUAGCGGCAAGAGCGCGUUCCUGGCCAACUGGAUCAACCGCCGCAAGAAGAAGUUUCAGAACUGGAACAACGGGUUCCCCGAGUUUAUCUUUUACCACGCCGUCGGGUGCACGCGUCAAGGCGCGUUCGUGUCCAAGCUCCUCGAGCGCAUCUUGACCGAAAUGAACGAGUACUUUGAAUUGACCAAAGAAGUCCCGACGUUCGAGGAGCGCUUGAGCUGGCAGUUCCCGCGAUACCUCGAAGCCGCGUCGCGCAAGGGCCGGACAAUCUUGAUCGUCGACGGCGUGCACCGGUUGCGUACGAGCGAUGGCGACAGCAUUCUCAAGUGGCUACCGCUAUCGUUUCCGCCAAACGUCCGGCUAGUGUUGGCCGCCACAAGCGUCUGUGCCGCGUCCCAUCGAGCAGAUGCGGCAGACGUCGACAUGUCGACGAUGGAGCGCAUCAAGGUCGAAGCGGUGCGCCGCAACUGGACAACCGUCUACAUCAACCCGUUCACGGACGACGAGAAGCAGCUAGCCGUGCAAAAGUUUUUGUCGCGACAGACGGGCCAGGCGACUUUGCAGUUGUUCGAACUCCAGCAAAAGGCAAACAACCCUUCCGUCGGCCGCACGUCGAACCCCAUGUUUCUCAAGUCGAUGCUCGUGGCACUGGAAUGGGUGGCCAAGCGCGGGUACAACAUUCACUCCGUGCUCCACGAGUGGCUCGGCGUCGCGACCAUGUCGGAGCUGUUUGAAGUGAUUCUACGAAGCAUGGAGGCCGGCCACACACCAACGACAGCAGCCACGUCGGACGCGAUGCUGUUUUUGCAGGAACAUUCGCUGGAUGCGACGUUUGCCUGGGUUCCGCAAUCCACCAAGCCUCCCCAGUCAGGCAGCCAGCAAGGACUGGCCGCGUUCGCAAGCGCCCGGUCGAAACAACAGGUCAACUCGCCCGGACAGACCGCGCAACCAUCUCACCGACUGUCCGAAACGUCUGUGGCGGAGUUUGUGAAGAGCACUCGGCGCCCAAGCACAGUAGGGGGGGUAGCUGCCCCCGACGACGCCUACGACUCGGACGAUGGGAUGGGCUCCCCUCGUUACCAAGACGAAACGAAUACGGACGUUCACUUGGCGUAUUGCGAACUCUUUGACACCGAAAUUAGCAACAGCGGGGCCAGUGGAGGUGUAGGGGGGUUUGGGGGCGAUGAGCUCAUUGCCUCCGAUGCCCCACGCCAAGUGCGCACUUCUGUCUUGGCCCCGAUGGCCGACAAAUCCAGCGACCCUGCGGAUGAGGUCCAGGGGGGCAACGGGGCGACAGACUCGCACGACCGCAGAAUCGACAGCGGCAGCAACGACGAAGGGGCCGAUCAGAAUCAUCAUCCGAGCCCUUCAGUCCAACUACCAGCCACGACCCAAACGGCGGUACCUCGAAGCCCCCCCCCACCAUUUCUCCGUCACUUGGAGCGCGUGAAGACCCACCGAAACAUUGUAUUUCCCGUGUACGUAACGGGGGGCCUACCAGUGGAUGGCCUGGGGGGAUUGCUGGGGAAGGCAUUGUGUGUACUUUACGUCGCCCGCCACGGCCUCCUGCUGCACGAGCUGCGAACGCUGGUGCAAGCUAUGGCUGCUCACGAAGCCCGCAUUGCCCCCCUGGACGCCCCCGAAGUCCAAACACCGGCGGAUGACGACGACGGAACAAACCUCGCGGCAAUUCUAAAUGACUACAAGCCGGCCCGCCCCAAAGUGCCUGCCUUACCAGAUACGACAUGGUCGACGCUUCUGUCGGCCUUGAAAGCUCUCGGGUGUCUGUUCCUUCAAGACAUUGUGCUCCUUCCGCUUUGCUACGACACCCUUCGCGACCUUAUUUGGUGGCGGUACAUUGGGUCCACGAGAAUGGAGGAGUCGUACCACCAUUGGCUCGUGCGGUUCUUUGUGGGCCACCCGCCCUCGUUUCGUCGAGUUGAGGAAUUGCCGUGGCACCUGGCAAGUUGCAAACGAUGGCAUGCCCUGAAAGACGUCCUUGUGAACCUCCCCAUGUUUCAACUGUUUUUCACCGCGACGUACAAGACCGAGCUGUUUUGCUACUGGAAGACACUUACCGAGGGUGAGGUGGUCAACGGCAGCUCAACCCCCCCGCCGCUGAACCAGCCCCCUGACGAGCUCGACACCACCAAAAUGCCAGCGAUCACCACAUUCGACCUCGUUCGCGAGUACAACAAAAGCAUUGAAGACUGGUAUCGGUCCACGCGCCCCACGACCAAGCAGCUCUUGCCGCUCUUGCAAACAAUGACCAAGUUUGUGUACGAGUACUCUGUGUUCAGCCAGUCGGAGCUCCCCGUGUUCAACCACCCGCACUUCAAUGCCAAGCAACUCCACGUGGACGGAUUUCGUUUCGUCCACCAAUUGCCUCAUGCCGUGGCCCAGCAAGCGCUGGAUCUGUCCUUGCACUGGCUGUACCAACGAUGGGUUUGGGUCCAAUUUCCAUGGCUCGCCCUUGGCCACGACAUUGACGACGGCGACGCCAAACCAGGCGCAGCGGGCGGCCUCACGGCAUCCAUUUCCCCGGAGAACAGUAAGGACGACGGCUCAGGUGUCCCCGACUCGCCCGACAGCCACGCCAUGCCAGCGUCUUCCAGUGCAUCCUCGAUCACCGCCACCAACGCCACAACGACUGCCACCUUGGCAUCGUCGCCGUCCCUCGUGUUGAGCAGUGCCACUGCAAAUGCAGCCACAUUGUCGCCGUCGCAAUCGAUGCCGACUCUUCCCAAGCAGCGCAAGGCGCAAGCGGCUCUGAUUAGCCCGUACAAACUUAAAGGACAUGCCAACGCGAGCCUGCCAACGAUUGCGACCGCGAAUGCCCCCAACACACUGGACAUCAUCGGACCCAACUCACCAGCGCACACCCUGAUGCGGCGCAAGAUGCAGUUCAUCGGGUUCAAAAACGCACCGACGUCGUCGUUCCCGGCACAGCUCAAACACGAUAGCAACUCGUUGACGGACCCAACUCUGCAGUCCGGCGUUGGCAAGAUGCUGUCGCAGCGGUCGGCCGGCACAGCCAUGUCGAUUAGGGAUUCCCUGAACGACAGCGUGUGUUGUGAAGGGUUUGGCCUCCCAGCCCACUUGCAAGAGUACGCCAAGACGGAGGCGGACGUGAAAAAGUCAUGCAACCAGCAGGUUCUAUUCAAACUCCAGCAAGUGCACAACUUCCUCAAGCGGGAUGCCAACGCCAAGUGCAAUCGCCUCGACAAGCUGCGCCAGAAAAUCCGCGACCGCAAGGCUAGACAAGCGUCGUCGCUCCAGUACAUUCAAGAGGCCGAAGAUGCGCUCCAUGAAAUGAUCAAACGCAUGGAUCAAGUCGAUGCUACGCUCAAAGUCGUCGCUAAGCAAGAGAACACGUACUCGAAGCUCCUGAGCGCGUGCGACGACUUUCCCGCAUCGGACAAGCAUCACCUCGCUCAUGUGAAGAAGGAGCUCAAAGUCCUGACGUUGAAGUUGCGGGACUUGCAAAAGGAAAACGAAGCGCUUACGUUCGAGCAACACCACUUGGCGACUGUCGAGUACCCCCAGCUCGCCGCGGCGGUCGAUGACAACAAGCGGCUCCACGACGCAGUGCUCGAGCGGCUCAACAGCACCAAGGCACGCAUGUCCCAAGACGUGGCCAACAUCGAGGCGCUAUAUCAUGUCCGCAAAGGGAUCAUCGAUCGAGUCAGGACCACCGCGUUCGACCUCAACACGAACGACACGAUCGAACUCGACAAGAUUUUGCACGUCCAAGCGGCCGCUGAAACGAAUGCGGCCAACAAAAGUCAAGUCGCCAAAGCAGCCCUGGAGCAAUGUCAAUCCAUGUGCCGCCGCAUCGUGCACGCAACUGGGUUGAGCAACAUGGCGGCGAUCCAUGAAAAGUUCCACAACCGCGAUGCGCUCAACCGAUCGCUGGACGAGCAAGCCGCGCUGUACGAAGCGCGACUAAAGCAAAUCAAGCUCAGCCACGCCGAGCUCGAGAUGCAGAUGAAGGGGUUGGAAACCACGCCGAAAGAUGCAACCGACCCGCGGCAGCUCGAGGAUCUGGCCCGGGACGCCGAGGCGUCGCUGAGUCGAGUCCAGCGCGCCUACGCCACACAGCUGCACGCGCUCAAUGAAGUCAUGGUCGGUGUGUCCAACAUAGCCCGCCUCGUUGGCAUCACGGACGUGCGGAAACCAAAACGGGCGCUCAUUCCUGCCGCCGAGUUGUGGCCACCCUACCAAGACAAGGAAAGCCGCGCGGUGACACUGGCUCAGUUCGAAACGCUGUCGGCAGCAUCCAUGGCCGACUUGAUUCGCGUCUGCGAAGAACGCAUGGUGGCUAUCAUUGACAACAACGAGCACGGCCGUGGCGACCCCGAUGCCUUGUUUGCUUUGUCCCGCCAGAUUAGCCGCCGGGAGUCGUCCGCGGGCCUCUCGAACGCAUCCCCCCGUGGCAACACGGCCAAACGACGGGCUAAACAAAGCAAGCGCCGGUCCAACGAUACGACGAUGUCACCCCGUUGGGACAAAGACCUGUCGGAUGUGGCCGCGGCGGCCGUGCUGGACGACAAGAGCUUGCUGUUUUCGCUACCGUCGACCCCCUUGCAGCAGUCGAUUCAGCCCUGCGGAGUCAAUUCGAGUUUGAUGGGUCGUGAUGUCGGUGGCGACAUGGGUGUACUUGUAGACGAUCCAGCCGAACCCCCCGUGGCCACCAGAGACGUCAUCAAGUCUGCGAGCAAAACGAAGCUCGCUCUCAAGCGCAAGGAGCUCCUUGGACGGACGUCGGCGCUGCCCCUGCCUGCUACCAACUCCAUUUUGACCUCGCACCAUGACAUUGCCAACCUGGAGGCAUGA